CAGGUCGCUUGAUGAGCCUGUGCUGCCGAAAUAUAUAUAAGGCCUUUUCCAAGUCCCGCAUCUGCACAAGAACACCCGGGUCUCCUCUCUCAGCCCGUUUAGUCUCCCUACAUCCCAAAUUCGUGAUCUCCAGAAACAUGGCCGACUCAUCUCAGGUCAGAUCAGAUGCGGAAUGGCGUGCAAUCCUCUCUCCACAGCAGUUCCGUGUCCUCCGUGAGAAGGGGACUGAACCUGCGGGUACUGGCGAGUACGAGCACCUCAAAGAUGAGGGUGUCUACUCGUGUGCGGGUUGCAACACCCCUCUGUACAAGAGCACGACCAAGUUUGACAGUGGUUGCGGCUGGCCAGCCUUUUUUGACGCUAUACCGGGCGCGGUAUCUAGACACGAAGACCGCUCGUACGGUAUGACCCGGAUAGAAAUUACCUGCACAGCCUGCGGCGGUCACCUCGGUCAUGUCUUCAAGGGAGAAAGAUACAAUACCCCCACCGACGAGCGUCACUGCGUCAAUUCUAUAUCACUUAAAUUCCACGAAGAGGAGGGUAAGAGUGCGUAGAGGGUUUUGAGAUGCUCUGCAGUCGUGAUCUGACAUUUGCCUCGGGGAGUAGAAGCAGAGUCAAGUGUGCCUGUAAACAACGAUCAACGCUGUAUUUGUAUGUGAUUUGAACGUCG